UUUGAAUAACGUGUGAGCUCUUGGACUGGAGCCAAUCAGCUGUCGGGGGCUCGUGAUAAAUCGCAAUGCAUUAUUGAUAAUAAUAAUUACGGUGACAUGCGCAUUUCCACUUCAGGGGUUAAUUUUCCAGGACGAGUAUUUUUUCUAGAAGAAGAGGAGGAAAUAUUUCCUGCGACGCUUUGCUCCCGAUGGUUGCACCAUGUCGAGGCGCAAGCAAGCCAAGCCGCAGCACAUCAACUCUGACGAGCCCGGGUCCGAGCAAACUGGAAUUCCUGGAGAUGAUCAAGCCGAAGACUCUGAAAGCGACACGAAGAGGUUGAGGAUGGAGGAAACCAGAGUCUGCAGCAAGUGCUGUGCAGAGUACUUUGAUGAAGCAGAAUUUCUUGAACAUGAGAAAAAUUGUACCAAAAGUCAGCAAGUUGUUAUCAUGAAAGGAGAUGGCAGCGAAGUGCCUGACGAGUAUUCCCAGGGAUCUCCUGAAGGCCUUAACAGCGAUCAUGAUGACAGCCAGUCCAGCAGUCAUUCCAAUACAGAGCAACUAGAAAGGACAGAGGAAGAGUCCAUGAAUGCAGAGGACUGUAUACACCGGGACCAGGGAGAGGCAUCCACCAGUCCUGAAGUAACCUACCAGUCUUCUCCAAAAAUGCAAGAUUCAAAUGUCACUCUUGAAACCAUGCCUGACACAAAAGUGGCCGUCUCCCAAUAUUCAAAUGCAUCUCAGACAUCACCUCAGGGUGUUCUCCAGGCCAUCCCUGUCAUCUUGGAGCAGCUUGUGUGUCUUCAGCAACAGCAGCUACAGCAAAUCCAACUCACUGAGCAGAUUAGGAUCCAGGUAGCCAUGAUGACUCCUCAGAGUCUCCAAUCAUCUGUAGGGUCAGCAAUGGACCCUCUGAAAGCCCUCGGUGCACACCUCUCUCAACAGCUGUCUGCUGCAGCAGCUCUGAUAGGUAAAAGAACUGGCAGUCAGAGCCUUUCAAUGGAGACGUUAAAGCAAUGUAAACUACCUCCGCCCACCGGCGUGCCUUCGUCUCUGAGUGCAGGACUGGGACAAAUGUCUUCUAAGGCAGACAUGUCAAAGGGUGUUCCAGAUCUAGCUAGCCGUUUACCAGCCCUACUACCACCAUCGCCUGGUGUCAUGGGUUUCCCUAGCGCCUACAAUGGUGUCCAAGCAGGGAUCGAGUCCUCUAAAAAGUUAAAGACCAAGAUGCUGACCCUCCCACCAGAAUCAAAGACGGGGGACUCGUUGUACAAGCACAAAUGUAAAUACUGUGGUAAGAGCUUUGGGAACGACAGCGCCCUUCAGAUCCAUUUACGCUCUCACACUGGAGAGAGGCCUUUCAAGUGUAACAUAUGUGGAAACCGCUUCACAACCAAAGGAAACCUCAAAGUGCACUUCCAGAGGCAUAAAGACAAAUACCCUAAUAUCAGCAUGAAUCCUCACCCGGUGCCAGAGCAUCUUGACAAUAUCCCCACCAGCAGUGGCAUUCCUUAUGGAAUGUCUGUGCCCAUCGACGAGUCAAAUAUGACGGAAAUGAAGCCCAUUUUGAGUCAUCCAGCUGCUGGGUUAAAUCCCCAGUCGAUACAGGGAUUCAAACCAACGUUUGAUGGCUUUGGGAAUGACCCAUUCUCUCAAAGACCCUCUCCGUCAACAAGCGAUUGCUCCACGUCGGUCCCCCCUGUUUUUGGCCAAGAUCCAGGACUGGAUUCAAAUCAAAAGGAUGCCAAAGAACUAUUUGGCUCACUACAUCACAUGAAUGGCAAUUCCCUCGCUGGAGAACCAAGCACUGGAACGGCAAAACUUCAGCAGAUGGUGGAUGGCCUGGAGAAGAGGACCAAUGAUCCGAAUGAGUGCGUGAUCUGCCACAGGGUUCUCAGUUGCCAGAGCUCACUCAAAAUGCAUUACCGCACACACACCGGAGAAAGGCCAUACAAGUGCAAAAUCUGUGGUCGGGCGUUCUCCACUAAGGGUAACCUCAAGGCGCACUAUGGAGUGCACAGAGCAAACACUCCUCUUAAAAUGCAACACUCGUGUCCCAUUUGCCAGAAGAAAUUCACGAAUGCUGUAGUUUUGCAGCAGCACAUUCGAAUGCACAUGGGAGGGCAGAUUCCCAACACCCCAAUGCCAGAGAACCAGUUUGAGACGGAAGUGUUGGAGCCAUCUCUACCAGUCGAGAAGCCUGUGGAUAACAGAUCUGAACCAAAUGUUGAAGAUCACGAGCCUGAUCUGAAAUCUCAAAAGCCAAAUGAGCCCCCAGGUUUCCUCCCUUUGGCCACUGAGGAGCAGCUGCAAAAGCACGUAGCUCCAGUCACGUUUUCCAGCCUGGAUGUUCUGAAUAACCUCACCACUGCUCUUGCACUGAAACGACAGAGUAGCACUGCUUCAGAAAGCGAGGGAAUGUCUAAGGAAUCUCCUCCGGCUCAGCGGGAGCAGGAGUAUCAGAAUGGUCGCAGUCCUGCCGUUUCGGACUCAGCCAUGUCGUUUCACUCCUCUUCUCCGGUGAACGUCAGAACCAAAUCGCCAGAGUUAGCUGUUGAUGAAUUUGCCCGUAGUGUGUCCAAACAAGAGCCUGAUGGGGUAAAUGACGGCAGCGAGUCAAGUGGAGCUCUCGACCUCACAGCUUCCAGUAGCUUCAUUCCCAAAGUUGCUAAGGAAGAUCCCAGCCUACCGUUUACUAAUGGGGACUACGCCUCCAGCAGCAUGCCUUUCAUGAGAAUGCCUCCAAGUCUGGAGAUGAAGAUUCCUUCCGAGAAUCCUUUGGGGCCUCACGGAUUGUUCAGCUCUCAGAUGACUCCGGGAACUGCCAUGCCCUCCUCCGUCCCCGCCGCACCUCGUCGAUCCACCAAACAGCACACGUGCAAUGCCUGCGGCAAGAACUUUUCAUCCGCCAGCGCCUUGCAGAUCCACGAGCGCACUCAUACCGGGGAAAAGCCGUUUGCCUGCAACAUAUGUGGCAGGGCUUUCACCACAAAGGGAAAUUUAAAAGUUCACAUUGGCACUCACAUGUGGAACACCUCGUCACGCCGUGGCCAGCGUCUUUCCCUCGAUAAUCCCAUGGCCCUGAUGGCAAUGAGCUCUGAAGCGAAGAUACUUCCAGAAAUAAUGCAGCCACCUAAAGAGCUCAGUGGACCACCUAUGAACUUUGACCCGUCUCUGUGGAACCAGUAUGCCGCUGCUGCGUUUAGUGGUGGCCUGACUAUGAAGACCAAUGAGAUUUCUGUCAUUCAGGGAGGCGGAAUCCCUCUUCCUGGGAGCCCCGCUGGUGGACCUCUAAUCGCAUCCACUGGAGGUCUGUUGAAGAUCGAUGGCUCUCAGUCUGGCUUGCCGGCCGCAAUGGCUGAAAUAGAGAAAAGUAGCUCCGAUAGUGUUCCAAAGUCUCAAUUCCCACAUUUCAUGGAGGAGGGUAAAAUUGCAGUAAAUUAAAUCCUUUUUAAGUACUAGGUAAUUGUUCUCAGUUUGAAUGUCUCCUUUUAUGAAUGAGGUACAAUCGCUUUCUUCAGGGAAACCCGUACUGAAUCCCAGCUAGAGUACGGACCCCUCUGCCGAUCUCAGUGAUUCAUGAGUGUUAUGUUUAGUUGAACUUGAUUUAUAACUACUGUAGUUGUAUUUUUAUUUUAUUUGAACACGUAUGCGGGUAUUUUCUCCUGUGACCUUGAUUUGUUUUGGUGUCUAUCAAGAACUUUGAAUGUAUAACUUACUUGAAACUGCUUUUAUUUUAUUUCAGACGGUCUUCUUGAUAACUGAAGGAUUAUGACAUUAGGAGGAAAAGCUUCAGGGCAAAACUUUCUAAGGACAUCACUGGACAGUCUCAGUGUUCAUAUAUAUCAACUGUAAAUGUCCUCAAAGACUACUUUCCUUGUGUGUGCCAUAGAUUUUAUGACAUUGUACAUGUGUUGUAGUGGUAAAUGUCAUUAGCUUUUCUUGUUUCGAAAGAGCUUUUGAGCAGAUGGAAUGUUCUAUUUAAUCCAAGUGCAACAGUUCAGUUUUAGAUUACAAUGGAUUAUAAAUACAUUUUUGUCACAUUAGUGCCAAGUUACCGUUGUUCAGACAAACCGUUUUACCAAGUGCCUAAUCUUCAAUUAAAAUAGCAUUUUUUUUUUUUUUGGCACCAGUAGGUUGUUUAACUCCAGUCAGACUGAAGCCGAUUGUGUGUUCUGUUCCGUAGUGUGGCAAACAUUUCAAAACCGUUUUAUCACUUUUGGAACCCCCCCCCCCCCAUAAGCUCCACCUACAGAGCCACACUGAGUUGGCUGAGCUCAGAGGGCUGGUGUUCUCAUGCCUGCACUUUAUUCAGGUUUUAGUUGCAUUUACAUUUCAGUUUUUAUCGGCAAGAUGUAAUGAAGAAAAAAGAUCGACUUUGUCGAUGCGGCAGAAAGAAAAGAUGACAAAGUGAAUUUCAGUCUGUUUUUGAUGUUUUCUUUGGUGAUCUCAUUGUGUUGUAGCACACUAUUUAUAAUACGCAAAAAGCUUUGAGUUUAGGGGUAAGUUCUACCUCAUUAGCCUUCCCACGGUGCCCCCCCAACACUCAAUGCAAGGUUCUGUGUAUUUUCUGACACGUUCUCGUUAACUUCUGUGUAUGCUAUAGAAGUUCUCAUUCUCAACCUGCUGAGUUGGAAAGUAAUGAAUGUAUCACUGGACACUUUACACAACUCCGAUUGGUCAGAGUACAUUGUAAGCUCCUGCUGUUCAUUCCUUAUUGAUAUGCAUUUACCAUGUUGUGCCUUUCUUUAGCAAACCAUGUCAAAACUGCUUUCAAGUUGCUUCUACAAUUCCAGUAAUGUGGAGCCAAUUUGAUUUGUUUACAGUAUAGUUCUGUUUUUAUUUUUAAUAGUUUCCUUCAGUUUAAUGUUUUCUGAUUUUGAAAAAAUAAAAUCAGGGUGACUUUUUGA